UGGCGAGCUUCGACUAGUGGAUAUUGUUUGCCAAAAGGGUUAACUAGUGUGCUGUGCUAAAAAUGAAGUCUGUAUUCCUGAUUGCGCUUAUCGUGGCCCUGGGCAGCUGUCAAGGUGCCGAAGUUGCCGAGCCUUUGUCAGCUCAGGGACGCUCUUUCUCCAGUGUGAUUGUGGACGGACUGGAGGCAUUCAGAGGCGUCCUGCAGAAUGGUAGCCCGAAAUAUGGAGUCCCCGUGAUGGCACCCAUGCAGGUGGCGAAGAGGUCGUUUGAAAUCAACUCGGGAGAAUUCAGUGGAACCUUUGGAGUCGAGAACUUUGAGCUGCAGGGUCUCGAUGAGUACGAGAUUAUCACCAUGAACAUGGACGUGAUCAGAAGUCGCUUGACGUUCAACAUCAACUUUGCCAGCGUCAACUUCACCACCGAUUACGAGGUGGACAUGGGCAGUGGCUAUCGCAUCAAGCGCAAUGGCCCUUCCCUCGAGAUCUGA